CAUUCCCAUGCCCAGGGCGCCACGGGCCAAAAAGGAACGCGUUACUUGCCUGUGGUCCGCGGCGCCAGGAUAUGAGGCGUCUAGCACCGAUGCAGUUAACCAAGGCACUCAAAAGGGAAGACAGCGGCAGCCACGAGGAGCGUGACAUGCCCCCGUCGCCGCCGCCAGUCAAAGACACCCCACCGUUGUGCCUCUGCCCUGGCAUAGAUUCUUUGCCGUGCCUCUCUGCAAGGACAUGUUGAGCCUGCCUGCAACUAUACGAUAACAAUGGGCUACUCGUGGCCCGAAGCAGCACGUGAGCGCGAUCUCCACAGAUAUUAUCGUCCAUGGCUCGAUGCACAGAGCCUGGUUGAUGCGGCCGACGGUUCUGGCAAAGGCCUGACCUACUCGGGCUACCAGCCUCAGACGUCGCGCGACCGCUCCCUGACUGCCUUUGCGCAGUUGGCGACACUGCGUCUAGACACUCGCCGUUGCAUGGUCUCGCUGAUCGACUCGCACCACCAGUACAUUCUUGCCGAGGCUACACGCACUCUCUCGCUGUUCAAGCCUGUUGCCGAAGAGCCCGAGGACGAGGUGUGGCUGGGCAACGCCAUCUUGACCAAGACCGACGCUGUCUGCUACCACACCUUCACCUCGACGUAUACUGCAAAAGAGGAAGAUGGGAGCACGCUCACAGGCGAAUGCAUGGUCAUACCUGACUGCAGAUUGGACCCUAGGUUUGCCGACAAGGACUAUGUCAAGGGCGAGCCGGGCGUGAGGUUCUAUGCUGGCGUACCCAUCGUCACCAAGGCCGGUCAUCGCAUUGGCGUCUAUGCCGUGUCUGACGAGAAGCCCCGGGAGGGCAUCAGUGCUGGCGAAUUGCGCUUCAUGCAGGAUGUUUCCGCUGCCGUCAUGGAACACCUCGAGCUGGCCAAAGACAGUGUGGACCGCAACAAGGGUGAGCGCAUGGUACGCGGCUUGACGCAGUUCAUCGAGUGCUCCUCUGUCCAAGAUAUCCGCGAGGAUGGGAACCGCCCUACCACCAUGGAGAAACAGACUGAGAACGCGCGCUUGGUAGCCCUUGACGAAGGAGAGGAGCAAGAAGGCUCCAACACGUCUCUUCCUGUUAGACAGGCCCAGCGCAAGCGCGAUGCUGAAUCUGACGCAGCCCGCAUCUUCCAUAGAGCCGCGCGCAUAAUUCGUCAGAGCACUGAGGCCGACGGCGUCGUCUUCUUCGACACUUCGGCCGCUGGGAUAAGAACCCAUCUCUACGACUACAACCGCAGCUCCGCUAGUAGCGACGAGAGUGCGACACACAAUACCGACACUGGCGACUCGACUGCUUCAAGGAGGCCUAAGAAACAAACUGCCAUCACUGCCGAUGGAGCGCCCGAAGCAAGUGGAGCUGAUAGCAAGGCUUGUCCUGUUGUAGGGUUAUCGUUGCGUGAAGGAAACGCGGCCUUAGUACACACAGACUUCAGCUUCAACGAAGCUGCCAUGGAACGCUAUAUCCAUCGGUACCCGUACGGAAAAUUUUUCAACUACAACGAGGAUGGUAUCGGCGUCAAUUCUUCCGACGAGAAGUCAGAACGCUCCGAGACUGAGCAGUCGGACCGCACAAUGGACGGAUCUACCGCUAACACUAAGAAGCCGCGCAAAAAGCGAGAAAGAUUCAUCCCGACCGAAUUCCUCAAAGUCUUGCCCAAGGUGAGAAGCCUAAUAUUCCUGCCACUUUGGUGCCCAGCCACGGAACGAUGGAUUGCUGGUGGCUUCAUCUGGACGACCCAAGCUGGACGACUGAUGAGCCCAGACAACGAGCUGCCAUAUCUGCAAGCGUUCGGCAAUUCGGUGACCAGUGAAGUAGCUCGAUUAAAUGCGCAGAAGGCGGACCGUGCCAAGACUACCUUCAUUGCUUCCAUAUCGCAUGAGCUGCGUUCGCCACUUCAUGGCAUUCUCGGCUCUGUAGAGUUUCUACGCGAAACAGUGGCAUCGGCAUAUCAGGAGUCUCUGGUUUCUUCCAUCGAGACAUGUGGCAAAACGCUGCUUGACACAAUCGACCACGUGCUUGAUUACGCAAAAAUCAACAAGCUGCAAAAGGCCACUGGCCAGAACAAGCGAAGCCUGGGGCGAAACAAGAGACAGCCUGCUGACAAUUCGAUCCUUGGCGUUACCUCUGACUUCGAUCUAGCGCAAUUGGUCGAGGAGGUCUGCGACACUGUGUGCGCCGGUCAUACAUUCAGGAAGACUCAUCACGUCCGAGGAUCAGCCAUCUAUGAUCAGGCUGAGAGCAAAGCUGUGAAUGGCUCAAUGCAAGGCGAAAAUGGCAACAACGACGUGGAAGGUAGAGAUACCCAUGGGUCCGUUGCCGUCUCUUUGAUCGUAGCCCCCUACGUUAGCUGGAUUGUGCGAUCACAACCCGGCGCCCUUCGACGUAUCGUUAUGAACUUGCUGGGAAACGCGCUGAAGUAUACGGAUUCUGGUUAUAUCGCGAUCAAGAUGCUACAACACAAAAGCUCCGCCAACUUCAUAGACUUGUCUCUUAGUGUUGAAGACUCCGGCAGAGGAAUGUCACAGGAAUACCAGCGAACGAAAUUGUUUUCCCCAUUCAGCCAAGAGGAUCCCUUCAGCUCUGGUACCGGAUUGGGUCUUUCAAUCGUCAAGCAAAUCAUAGAAUCCUUGAAGGGCGAGAUUGAAGUGAGGAGUACCCACAACGUCGGCACUGUCAUCAAGAUUGGCAUACGUCUGCCAAUUGGAUCCAAGGAGAACGCACAGCAAGAUCUUGCCCUCGUUAGAGCACCUCAGGAGUUAAAGAGCACGUCUGUCUCCAUUGUGUGCGACAUGACUGACACACAAGGUGGCGAACGGGGACUCAAGACCAAAGAGUCCAUGGAAAACGCUUGCAAGAACUUUGACAUGAAGAUUGUUGCAUCGAAGCGCUCGAGCACUGACAUAUCGGUCAACAAUAUCGACUUCCUGCUCAUUGACUCCCCCUCUCUCUAUCAGUUAAUGCAGAACUCGAACUCUAGUCGUGCUAACAAGUCACCAUUGGGAGUGGUUUGCGUCUGCACAGAUACGUCGGAGAAGGCCGCCGUGGAGACCCAGCUCGCGAGGCAGGUCGAGGCACUUGGCUGGCUCAUAGAAAUAGUUACGCAGCCAUGUGGACCUCGAAAGCUUGCCCGAUCACUUCUAUCUUGUCAGAAGCGUGCCUCACAACACAACAAUGAGCCAUCUAUUAGUCGAUCAAUGAGCUCCUCUCUAGUACAGCCUGAAUUCCAGUCCCUCGCCCCGCCUCGCGUUCUAUCUCAGCGGAGUCUCAGCGACAUGUUUCCACAAGAUAUCACGACGCGACAAGCCAGCAAUGUAAUUGGAGGCCCGUCCCCACCGCCACCGCGCCCUUUCCCAACCACCACGACUCCUUUGAGUCCCACCCCAAGCGAUGGUGGUGAAUACUUCAAUCCACGAGUCCUCCUUGUAGACGAUAACGCCAUCAACUUGAAGCUGCUCGUCGUUUUCGCCAAGCGACAAAAUCUGCGUUACGUCGAAGCGACCAACGGCUUCGAAGCAUUCGAGACGUUCAAAUCAGAAGCCACAUCCUCUUCCCCACCAGCUCGUCCUUUUGACUUCAUAUUGAUGGAUUUGAGUAUGCCCGUUAUGGACGGGCUGACGAGUACACGCCACAUUCGUCAAUUUGAGAGCAAAAACGGAUUACCAAGGUCGAAUAUCGUGGCACUCACUGGGCUUGCAAGUGCGCAGGACCAAAAGGAUGCACAGGAGGCGGGUGUGGACAUGUAUCUCGUUAAGCCGGUCAAGUUCGCGGACAUUAAACGUGUUUUUGGUGGGAAGUGGAUGUAGUCAGGCAUGGUUUGAUUGGCGUUACUUGCGUUUUGACAGCUUUCUUUGGUACAAGGCAUGGUAUCUGUGCAUUGCGAGGGUGUUUUGGAUGGACUUUUGCAUGAUUGUUUAGGAAAGCCAGGUAGACCUUCGUCCCAGGCGGGGCAGUCGUUAUGAGAUCUCUAUGAAACGCUCCCUAUAUCACUCGUUCCUUACGUUUGCUGUCCGUUCAGUCUCAAUCCCGCUCUUUGCCAUCUUGUUAUCUUCCUCCUUACGGACGUUUCUUCCAACGAAGUCACGCGACCCACGGGCGCCGAACGGACAUUGAUUUCAGCUCGUAAGUAAUUUGAUCCUGCAGGAGCAUCCUAGCACACCACCGGCAACGGGCGGCAGUCACGAUGCUUCCAAGCCGGCUCAUCGGUAAUCUGGCCAUAGUCAUACCGUUUGCUU